GGGAGGGGAGGGAGGGAGGAUAGAUGAAGAAGAGCAAGGGGAGGAACAAUGGGCUGUUGCCGAAUUCGCUCAGGAUCAUCUCUUCCUGUCUCAAGACCGUGUCCUCCAACGCGAGCACCGUCGCGACCACCGUCCGCUCCGCCGGGGCGUCGGUCGCUGCGUCGGUUUCCGCUUCGUCCGAGGACCACAAGGAUCAGGUUACCUGGGCUGGAUUUGACAGACUUGAGCUUGGUCCAUCCAUCUUCAAGCAUGUUCUCUUACUUGGCUAUCAGAAUGGUUUUCAAGUUCUCGACGUGGAGGAUGCUUCUAACUUCACUGAGCUAGUCUCAAAGCGUGACGGUCCAGUUACGUUCUUGCAAAUGCAACCGUUUCUGGUGGACUGUAAUGGUCCUCAAGGAUUCAGAGCAUCACACCCUCUGCUGCUGGUUGUCUCUGGGGAAAAUGCCAAAAGCCCAAACCCUGCACACAGUCAAGAUGGUUACAUGGAAUCUGAUUCUGGACAAUUUGUGCACUCUCCGACGGCUGUUCAGUUUUAUUCACUAAAGACUCACUGUUAUGUACAUGUUUUGCGGUUUAGAUCGGCAGUCUGUAUGGUUAGAUGCAGUCCUCGGGUUGUAGCUGUGGGCCUUGCUGCUCAAAUAUACUGCUUUGACGCGGUCACGCUUGAGAUCAAGUUCAGCGUUCUCACAUAUCCCGUUCCUCAGCUGGCAGGACAAGGGCCGAUUGGGGUUAACUUUGGUUAUGGCCCAAUGGCUGUUGGGCCAAGGUGGUUAGCAUAUGCUUCCAAUAGUCCGCUAAUGUCAAACACAGGCCGUUUAAGCCCCCAAAAUCUCACUUCCCCUGGUGUUAGUCCUUCUACUUCUCCAGGCAGCAGCAGUUUGAUGGCACGCUAUGCAAUGGAAUCUAGUAGACAUUUGGCUGCCGGUAUUAUGAAUUUGGGUGACAUGGGAUACAAGACUUUGUCAAAAUACUGUCAAGAGUUGCUUCCAGAUGGAUCCAACUCUCCUGUAUCUUCAAAUUCGGGUUGGAAGGUUGGUAGGGCUACAGCAUCAGAAGCAGAUAAUGCUGGGAUGGUUGUUAUCAAGGAUUUUGUUUCUCGAGUUGUUAUAUCGCAAUUCAAAGCCCACACAAGUCCAAUCUCUGCAUUAUGUUUUGAUCCUAGUGGAACUCUUCUGGUAACUGCCUCAGUCUAUGGUAACACAAUUAAUGUAUUCCGUAUCAUGCCAUCUUGCACACGAGGUGGAUCAGAUAAUCAAACUUAUAGUUGGAGUUCUGCCCAUGUGCAUCUUUACAGGCUGCAUCGCGGAAUAACCUCAGCAAUUAUCCAAGACAUAUGCUUUAGUCCUUAUAGUCAAUGGGUCGGUAUUGUUUCAUCGAAGGGAACUUGCCAUGUUUUUGUUCUAUCCCCUUUCGGUGGGGACCCGGGAUUCCAUAAUCACAGCUCUCAGAGUGAAGAAGCUUCUGUUUUCUCAGUUCAUUCUAUACCUUGGUGGAGUAAUCCAUCAUCUUUGAGUAACCAACAAUGUUUCCCACCGCCUCCACCUGUUACUCUUUCGGUGGUAAGCAGGAUUAAAUAUAAUGAUUCUGGAUGGCUCACUACUGUUAGCAAUGCUGCUGCUUCUGCUACGGGGAAGGUCUUUGUGCCAUCUGGAGCUGUUGCUGCUAUUUUUCACAAUUCAAUGUCUCACAGUCUUCAGCAUGCCAAAUCUAGGAUCAAUCCACUUGAACAUUUGCUAGUCUACACUCCAUCAGGGCAUGUAAUUCAGCACAAACUUCUCCCUUCACUUGGGGUGGAAACUGGGGAUGCUGGUUCUAACGCUCGACCUGGUUCCUUUUUGCAAAUACAGGAGGAUGAGCUUAGGGUAAAAGUUGAACCUGUUCAAUGGUGGGAUGUAUGUAGGAGGUUAGAUUGGCCAGAAAGAGAUGAAUGCAGCAUCUCUAUUUCUUCUGAAAAACAAGAUGCUAUAAGGUUGAGUGAUAAUGAAAGUAAUUGUGGAGUGGAUUUUCCGGAUGUGAAUAGAAUCGUUGUUGGUAAGAAACCUUUGAAGGGUGGCAUAACAAAGUCCCAUGAGAGGUCUCAUUGGUACCUGUCUAAUGCAGAAGUGCAAGUAAGCUCUAGAAGGUUGCCAGUCUGGCACAAAUCAGAGAUAUGUCUCCAUACAAUGGGUUCCCCAUCGAUUAGUGCUUGGGCUGCUGGAGAGCUUGAAAUUGAGAAGUUGCCAAUUCAUGAAAUCGAAAUAAAGAGAAAGGAGUUAUUGCCUGUUUUUGAUCACUUUCAUAGCAUCAAAUCCUGCUGGAAUGAUAGAGCUUCAACUAUGGGAAGAUAUUCUAGUUUUGCACCUUCAGAUCUGCACCAAGUGAAACUCAAGCCUGCUGAAGAGACUGUUAUAUGCCACUCAAAACCGGCAUCUCUUAGUUCUACUGAAAGCUCAGACGGCGGUUCAUCAAGGAGGAUUGAAAAUUUACCUGAUUUAGAUCAGGUGACUAAUGAGAAGCAUUAUUUAUCAACUUGUCAGUCUAUGGAUGAGUUUUACCCAGAAAGAAGGGAAAACUGCUUUGUUGAGCCUUCCAUGCUUAAAGAGUCCUCUGCUGCACUUCUUGCAGCUGAAAAUUUAAAAAGAUCAAGGGAACACUUGAAUGAGUAUGGUGCACACCACGAACCCUUUUUAAAGAAUAAUCUUCCUUCCGUGGAGAAAACAUCAGAUGGUCCUGCAUUUUCAAGUUCAAACACCGUGAUUGUACGCAAGGUUUCUGCACCAAGCACUGCUAGUUUGGGUUCAGCUAAUGACAUCCUUAAGGAGGCAGUCAUACCUGCAGCCACAAAUGAUCACAUAGAGUUUGGGCAGCUUUUGAAAGAAGGAUAUUGUGAAGCUUUAGAGCUUGAUGGAUGCCACGGGUUAACUGAAGUUGUAUCUGAUGAUGUUGACAGCAGCAGCCCCCAUGAGAAGGACAAACUUGCGGAUGGAGAAGAGGAUGAAAUUCUUGGUGGUGUAUUUGCCUUUUCUGAAGAUGGUUGACUUCGCUUUCCUAUGAUUCCACACGAAUUCAGUGAGUCAGGGAGUAGGUGGAUUAUCUCGUUGAGGACUUGCUUUAGAUCAAGUAGCAUCUAUUCUGAACCUACUGCUCAUGGCAAGAGUCCACCUUGGUGGCUUAAGCAUACUGCCACAGUAUGUCUCUUGCUCCCCAACCCCAACAGAUAAAAGUGAAGGAAAAGAGGAUGGGAUAAUUGGUUCGUAAUGAUAGUGAAAAUCUUUGUUAUGUACAUUUUGUGCAGAUGAAAUUCUUAAAUUUAUGAAGGGUGGUUGCUUGGGGCAUGGGAUGAGUUAACAAGCUCUUGCUAGGGGAAGUUGGGUCUGCUUUCCCUGCCUGUAGCUUUGUACAAAGGCUCGUUGUACAGAUAAUUUGGUUUGAAGAAGUGUUCUUUUGCAAGCUGUAUAAUUUUGUGUUGUCCUCUUGCAACGAUGGAAAGGAAUGAUAUCUAAGUGGAAAAAGCAAAUUGGAUGUUGUGAUCGA